GCGGUUUUGAUUGGGUGAGCCACCUACUGUGUUCCAUACCAAGAUAAGCCACACAGCCUCUGUGGAUGUCUGGUGAUUUCCCUCUUCUCCAGCUCUGGACAAAACUCCAUAACCCAUGGAAGCUCUCGGUUUCACCGCAUCAUUUACCCCUUCCCUUCCCAAUUCAAUCAACAGUUCCCGCCUCUCCCAUUUCAGAUUCUGCUCUCAACCCAUUUCUCCCCUUCAUCCCAUCCAUGGAGACGCGUCGAAAAGGUCAAAACUUGUCUUCACUACCUUAUCCUCAGCAUCGUCGUCAUCCACGGCUUCAACAACAACAGAGCCGAUUCUGGACUCACCCGUGAAUGAAACAGAGGGCGAAGGGGAGAAGUUCGAUUGGUUUGCACAGUGGUACCCUGUAAUGCCGGUUUGCGAUCUGGACAAGAGAAUCCCACAUGGGAAAACGGUGAUGGGUCUCAAUGUGGUCGCUUGGUGGGAUCGGAACCAGAAUGAUUGGAAGGUGUUCGACGAUACUUGCCCCCACCGAUUGGCUCCGCUCUCCGAAGGAAGGAUCGAUCAGUCUGGGAGGUUGCAAUGCGUUUAUCAUGGGUGGUGUUUCGAUGGCUCUGGCGAUUGUAAACUCAUCCCUCAGGCUCCGAUCGAAGGUCCUCCGGUACACACAAACAAGAGAGCUUGUGUAGCAGCAUAUCCAAGCACAGUGCAACAUGGUAUCUUGUGGUUUUGGGCGAGUAGUGAUCCCAAAUACAGAGAUAUUCUAUCAGUUAAAAAACCGCCUUACAUUCCAGAGCUAGAUGAUCCUUCAUACACUAAACCAAUGGCAUGUAGAGAGUUCCCUUUCGGAUACGAGAUCUUGACCGAGAAUCUGGUCGACCCUUCUCAUGUUCCAUAUGCACACUAUAAUCUACUCCCGAAUCCAACACCAAAAGAUAGUUGAGAACUUCUUUACGAUAAAAUCUUGUUUCAUGAUCUUGUCUUCGAUUUGUGUUCUUGUGAGAGCUACGACUGACACUAUAUGUUCUUUCUCUAGAAAGGGUUGAUAGAGAAGGAGGCACCCCAGUAAAUAUGCGAAUACGAAAUUUUGAUAUUAAUGGAUUUGAUACUGCUAGAUUUGGAGGGGCUAGCCAGUUCAUUGCACCAUGUGUAUACUAUUCUUCUGUAAGUGUGUCAGCUCUACGAGAACUUGCUAAAAAAGAAGGCGAUGGAUCAGCAUCUGCUCCUAGUAAAGUUAAGGAUUCAUCAUCUCAAGCACCAGAGAAGAAAGUGCUCCUUGUUUUCUUUUGUAUUCCAGUUGGUCCCGGCAAGAGCAGAUUAAUAUUCACAUUUCCAAGAAACUUUGCAGUUUGGGCAGAUAAAUUGGUUCCGAGAUGGAUUCUUCAUGUGAGGCAAAAUCUUGUUCUUGAUUCUGACUUGUAUCUUCUUCAUCUCGAGGAGAGGAAGAUAUUGGAAGCUGGCCUUUCCAACUGGAGUAAAGCUUGUUUCAUGCCAACAACAGCCGAUUCCCAGGUAAUUGCUUUCAGGAGAUGGCUCAGAAAUUAUUCAGGCGGGCAUGUUAGUUGGGGAACCAAGUUCAGUGGCGUACUUCCUCCUACUCCUCCUAAAGAGCAGUUGAUGGACAGGUACUGGUCCCAUGUUGUUAACUGCACAAGCUGCAAUGGUGCAUAUAAAGCUCUGCAAGCCGUCGAGAUAGCGUUGCAGAUCAUUGCAGUUGGUUCCAUUGCGAUUGCUGCUGCUAUGAAACAAUCGGUAACUGUGAGAAGUGCACUUGCUGUGGCUGCAGUGCUCUGCUUUGCAGCUUCAAAAUGGUUGGCUCACUUCAUUUAUAAGACCUUCCAUUUUCAUGACUACAAACAUGCCCUUGUUUAGAAAGCAGUAUUAUUACUCUUGAAAAUGGAACACCACAAAUUGUAAGCGAAUAUACACAGUACUAUAUUGUGCACAACGUGCUAACCUGAAAGCAACAUUGAUUUAUGUUGGUGAUGUGUGUCAAGAGACAUUGCCACAUAAACGCUAUGUAACUAAUUUUGUUGGAAAUCCUUAAAGAAUGGUGGAUAGAUUCUGCCAUGUUUAUGUUGCUAGGGAGAUUCUGUCUUACUAUGCUUUGGCUA